AUGAUAGAAAAACAAUCCUUAUUUGUUUUUACUUUUUUUACAUUAUUAAUACUUAAUUCAUUAUCAAUAAUUGAAGCUGCUACUGUCAUUGGCAUUGAUUAUGGAACUGAUUGGUUUAAAGUUUCAAUAGUAAAACCGGGAAUUCCACUCAAUAUUGUAUUAAACAGAGAUUCCAAAAGAAAAACACAGUCGGUUAUAACUAUUCGCGACAAUGAAAGAUUAUACGGUUCUGAUGCUGUUAACAUUGGGGCAAGAUUUCCGAGCAAUACUUACUUUAGUCUUAAAAGGCUUCUUGGAAGAGUAGUAGAUGAUAAGUACGUACAAGAAUAUAAAUCAAACUUUCCUAAUAAAAUAAUAAAAGAUCCGAUAAGAGGAACUGUUUUAUUUCAACAUAAUGAGACAACAACAUUUUCUGUUGAGGAAUUAGUUGCAAUGCAAUUAUCUCAUGCUAAAAAGCAAGCUGAAGUCACCGCACAAGAAGAAGUCAAAGAUAGUGUUAUUACUGUUCCUCCAUAUUAUAAUCAAUUCGAAAGACAAGCCAUUCUGGACGCUGCUGAAAUUGCUGGAUUACGUGUGUUAUCCUUGAUUAAUGAUCAGACAGCUGUUGGAAUAAACUAUGCCAUUACACACUCUUCUUCUAUUACUGAGGAUCCACAAAUUCAUUUAUUCUAUGAUAUGGGUGCUGGAAGCACUAAAGCUAGUGUGAUCAAAUUUAAUAUUGUUAAUAACAAGGAUGCGGGUCCUUUCAACAAGACUUUUAUUAAUUUAGAAGUUUUAUCAACCGGAUACGAUAGAACUCUCGGGGGACAAGAAUUUGAUCUUCGGCUUAAAAAAUAUUUUGCGACAAAGUUUGAUAAUUUACACAGUAAUAAGUUGAAAGAAUCCAUUUUUAAGUCUGAUCGUGCUAUGACAAAACUAUUUAAAGAAGCAAAUAGAGUGAAACAAAUUCUUAGUGCCAACACAGAGACAAUGGCUUCAAUAGAGAAUUUACACGAAGAAAAAGAUUUUAGGAUUGCAAUUUCAAGGAACGAACUUGAAUCUAUUACAAAUGAUUUGAUUAAGCUUGGUGGUGGUAUUCGUGUGCCAGCUGUUCAAAAUAUGCUUAAAGGACUUAUUGGAGAAGAUAAAAUUGCGCAAAAUCUUAAUGGAGAUGAAGCAGCUGUUUUAGGUGCUGGUUUUAGAGGUGCUGGGUUGAGUCAUCAUUUUAAAGUUAAAGAAGUAAAGGUCACAGACAUCACAUCCCAUCCAACUGAAUUUGCAAACCAAUCUGAAAAAAACAUUAAUGAAAAUGAUAUAAGUGUUGAUGUUGAUAAUGUUGAUAUAAAACCUUUAGGAGAAAAAGAGAAGCUUAACUCGAUCCAACGAUUACUUGCUAUGGAAAGGAUUGAUAAUGAACGUCAUGCUCGUGAAAGGGCCAUGAAUUAUUUGGAGUCUUAUGUUUACAAAUACCAAGAUUUUCUUGAUGAGCCAAUUGUUAUACAAGUUACCACUGUAGAGCAACGUUCAGAACUAUCCAAAAAGUUAUCUGAAACGUCAGAUUGGUUAUAUGGAGAAGGAGAAAAUGCACCAACUGACGAAUUUCAUUUACGUCUUGACACUUUAAGAUUACUAGAGAAGCCAAUUUCAUUUAGACAAGAAGAGUUUAUCAAACGUCCUGAUGCAAUUUCUUCACUUGAACUACUUAUAGAUAACACGCGUGGAUUUAUAGAACAAAUAAGAACUAAUAUAACGGUUGAAACAUGGCAUUAUACUGAUGCGGAUAUUGAUAAAUUAUUAAAUGUUUGUGAUAAAAUUGAAAACUGGCUCAAAGAAAAAUUGGCAGAGCAAGGAAAAACUGCUCUCUAUAUUGAUCCCAUUUUCACUACAGAUGAUAUACAAAAGAAAGUAAAUGAGAUUAAACGUGAAUUUUUAAAAUUGGUGAAUAAAAAACCACCAAUAAAGGCAAAAAGUUCUACAACUACCACCGCUACUACGGAAUCUGUUAAAACAAAUGAUACAACAGCUGAUUCAAUAACCCAAGAGACUUCAAACGUUACAAUACCAUCCGAUACUGAAACGACAACUGAAGCCUUUGAGCCCAAGACAACACAUCAUCAGGAAUUAUAA